ACUCACACUUUCACAACUCAUUCACGCUUUCAUUAUUCUCUUCUCUCCUCUCCUCUCUUCCACAACAAUGGCUUCCAUUCAUUUUCUCACUUUCUUCUUCUUCCUUCUCCUCUCCUUCACCACCAUCACUUCCGAUUUCGUUCGUCCUAUAGACCGCAAAUCGUUAGGCCUACACAAGAAAGAAAAGCUAAGUCAUUUCAAAUUCUACUGGCAUGACAUAGUGAGUGGAAAAAACCCAUCAUCAAUCAUGGUUGUUGCACCACCAAUGAAACUUAACACAACCACUGGUUUCGGUUUGGUUCGAAUGAUCGAUAACCCUUUAACUUUAGGGCCAGAAUUGAGUUCCAAACUUGUUGGAAAAUCUCAAGGCUUCUAUGCUUCUGCAUGUCAAGAUGAGGUUGGUUUGCUUAUGUCUAUGAAUUUGGCUUUUGUUGAAGGAAAGUAUAAUGGAAGUAGUAUAACUAUCUUGGGGAGGAAUCCGGUUUAUGAUAAGGUUAGAGAGAUGCCUGUGAUUGGUGGGAGUGGACUCUUCAGAUUUGCUAGAGGCUAUGCUCAAGCUAGUACUUAUUCUUUUGAUCCUAAAUCUGGAGAUGCUGUUGUUGAGUACAAUGUUUAUGUUUUUCACUAUUGAUUUUUAGUACUUGUGUUUCUCUUUAGUGUUAUAUUUUGAUCAUAAAUUUGUAGUUGUUGUAAGCAAUUGAUAUGUUUAUUACAAUGACAUAUCAAACCCUUUCUCUA